GAGCUUUUUUCCGCGAAGCAUGAGGGAUGCAGCACUCGCAGUGCGCACAGUGCCCUGGUCGAAUGUUUUUGUUUGUUGCGUUUUUUUAUUUAUUUCGUGUUUAAAAGUGUUUUAAAGUGAGGUUCCAAGUGCUAUGGAGCUGCCGAAGGAGUUGUCCAUUGCGGAGAUCCGUAAUUACAUGUUGGCAAACGAGUGCAAGGUGACAAAUCACGCCUUGGUGAAGCACUUCAAGAAAUUCCUAACUCACCCGCAAUCGCAAAAUGAGGCUCGCAAGCGAUUCAAGACCUAUGUCACACUGCUGUCCACCAUUAAGAACGAGAACAAUCAGAAGUUUCUGAUAUUGCGCAAGAAGUAUGUGAACGAAUGCCCCACGGAUGAGGUUGUGGAGCGCGCGGUGGCCGCCGCAUCCAGUGUUCCGGAGCCCUCGAGUCCCGGCGGCGCAUCCCUGAACUUUGACUCGCCCAUGAGGCAGCCACCGCCAUACAAGCCCCCACCCAUGGUCACCUCUCCGCCAGCAGUUUCCAUGGCCAAGGAGCACCAGGAGAACUACCAGGAUUGCGUGGACGAAUUCACGGCUGCCAUAAAGCGCAUUGAGCCUGCCCGCUUAGAGAGGCAGUCCUCGGUCAAGUCUGAGGAUCUGGAUCAGCAGGAGAAGCGGGAAAAACCCUCUCGCUCGAAUUCCAUCGAUGUGAUCGACAACAAGGAGAACAUACCUCGCUUCUCCUUCUCCUCAGAGGCCUCCUCGGCGUCCAGCACUUCAAUCGAAAAGCCGGAGAUGGCUGAUCCCACUGCUCCCUCUGCCGAGGGCGAUGCGGCCGAGAAUCCCAUCAGCGUGAAGGAGGCCACGCGCAAAUUCAACCGGAUGGCGUCCGAAGAAGUGGCUAAAAUCAUAUCGCCGCCAGCCAAGAAGAAGCCAGAGAAGCAAUUAAUCGAGGAGAAGGAUUCACCGGAGGUUACGCUGGCGCAUCCCAAGGCAAAGGAGUGGAUCGUCUCGAUGGCGAAGGCUAAUUACCAGGAGCUGGCCAAGAUGGCCAGCGAGCAUCCGGAACUGGUUAAGCUGCAGUGCCCAGCAACGGUAAGUUACUGACAACUUCUCUUCCCACCAUUUAU